UCUACCUAACUUUUAAACGAGAAAUUUUUCAUAUUAGAAUUUUAUUACAAUGAAUUUUUUUUCGUUUAUUUUAAUAUUUAUUGUCGUUUUCGUUUUGCAACCAGACAAAAGAGUUCAUUGCGAAACUUAUCAUGCUAUGUAUGAAAAUUAUAUCGAAAGGGUGGUAAGUCACAUUUAUUUAAAAAUUAUAUCGUAUCGAAAACAAGAUUCAAAUAAUGAUAUGGAUAUAGACAAAGCUUUCCAACCAAAUUCUAAAAUGUUGAAUUUCAGACAAAAAUAUUGUUAUAUAAUAGAUAUUAUUAAUUUCAAGUACCUUCAAAUACUAAGAAAAUUCCUUAGUGUAAUAAGACUUGUCCUCAAUAAAUGCCAGCAAUUUUAUCAAAAAAAUGUAUUGAAUAUUUUUAUUCCUUAUGUACGAACACUUGAAGCAGUUGUAAAAAAUUCCAAAACUAUGAUUGAAAAUCUACACAAUGCUAUGAUGUUUUUAAGCUAUAUAGAUACAAGAUUUUUGUUUUCUGAAGGUUUCAUACCUCAUCCUAUAAUUGAUGCAAUCAAUUUUAUACAUCCAUUCGUCUUAGAAAUAAGUUUGGAAACUAACUCUUUUGAUCUCAACAAAUCACCUUAUGAAAUCUCUGAAAUGAAACUUGAGAAUUUGACAGUAUUUCAAACAGACGCAUCCGAAAAAGUAGAAUUUUUUUUUCAAAAUUGUAACUCUAUGGACAUUUUUCUAACAAAAGAUUUAAAAAAUAUUAAAAUUGCGGAAUUACCUAAUGACUUAUUGUCUGCAAGAAAAGAGAUAAUGAAUAAGUUUUUCGACGAAAUUAUUGAAGUUUGGUACAUAAACAUAGGAUUUGAAGAAUUUCUCAACCCUAAAACAGCAGAAUUCACACCUCCAAUAGAUCCAGAUACAAAUCAAAAUGAUGGAAUUGAAGCUCUGAACAUUAUUCGUAAAGAAUCUGGUUGGGAAAAAAUGAACCACAUAAGUAUAAUUUAUUUUGGUAAAAAAUUCAGUGUAGAUCAAAUAAUAAAUGAUGAAGUUAGUAUGAUAAAUUUUCGAAUAAAAAGAGAACAUGUAUCACAGUUAUUAAGAUGCAGAUUCACAGAAAUAAUGAAAAACUAUCGUACAUUAUUAUCUGCUAUGUUAUAUGUAUGUGAUAAAUAUGCAUAUAACUAUUAUCAUAAUUGUUUGUCUAAAUUAUUUAGCUCAUUUGUUAAAUCAAAAAAAAUGCUUGAAGAUUUGUAUGAAGCUUUAGUUACUUUAAAUAAAUCAUCAAUAUGGAGUGUAAAUUAUAACUCUAAAUCAAGUCUACAUAAAGUUUUUGAAUGGGUUGCAGAAUUUCUCAGUUUGUUGAAGAAAAAUGAUUUUUCUCUAAAAAAUAUCGAUGAUAACAAAAUCGAAAUUCUUCAACAACUUCUAAUAAUUUUUAAAAACAAUUUUAUAUCCUUCAAUUCUCAGUUAUCGAACGAAAUUAGCCAUUAUGAUAAACGGUGUCAUAUAGAUGAAAAAUUUAAAAAUGUUCAGUAUUAUGUAAACCAUUUUAGGAAUCCAGGAAAUAUAUCAAUUAAUUUAAAUCUUGAGUUUUUAAUCCAAAUUAUGCUAAACGCAUGUAAUUUUUUUGAUAGUUUUUGUGAAAAUACGAGUAAAUCUUGUUAUGAAGAUCUGGGUUUUGAAAAAAUUUCACACUGCAAAAACAAAAAAUUAGACAGCAGACUUCUUUAGUUUUUGUCUAAUUCACUAAGAUCUCAACUUACAUAUUAUUCUUUGAAUUAACAAUUGUUUUAAUUCCAGACAUAUACAGAGUGAUUUUUUUAUCAUAACUCAAUUACUUAAAGAAUAAAUAUAAUUUAAACAUUUUUAUUUUUGGUUAUCUUUAGUUACAUAUUUUCCUUGAAUUAUUAACGGUGUAAUACUUUUUAAGUUCAUCCUUAUGCCUUGUAAGGGUAUCAACUUUGUAUUUUUAAAAGGAAAAACCUAUUU